GGACACAGAAUAUUUAAUGGUGUUAAAUAUUUUCGAUGUGUGAGUUUACCUCGUCCCCCUCAAAAAACGACAGACUUUUUUGUUGGUGAAUUUGAGAACAAAGACCUUACAAUUGUUGCACCCUGUGGACGAAUUUAUUGUGCUUUUACUUUUAACUCUUAACUCUUCAGGCCAUCACAACGGGCCUCAACGGGUCACAACAUAGGUCGAUGUUGCGUAUAUGGCUGUUAGGGUUGCUGUUAUUAAGGCUCGUAUGGGUUUAUGUUGUAUACGUACAGUAGAACCCGCAUAAUACGAUCACGCAUAAAACGAUUUCUCGCUUAUUACGUCAUAUUACGCCAGUCCCUACAACUUGUGACAUGUUUUCAUACAUUGCUUAACGAUUAAUACGAUUCGUCUUCCCGUAUAAUACGCCUACACGUUUAUUAAAUUAUUACGCACUGCACCGCGCACCACUGCCGUCGCGUUGUGUCAUUGUUGAUCUUUGUUGUAAUUGUUUUAUGCAAAAUGUCUGCAAUUAAACGAAAAGCGUUGUCACUUCAAGAAAAAAUUAACAUAUUGAAAGUUUUUGAUGAAAAAUCACAAACCAAAAAUCAAACACAGUUAGCUGCUGAACUUAAGUUGCCAGUCUCUACGUUACGUACCAUUUUAAAGAAUAAAGAAGAAAUUAAAGAAAAAUACAGUUUGGGAGGUGUGCAGAGAAAAAAACAAAAGGUAGGAAAGUUUGAUAAAUUAGAGAAAGUUCUAGUGGAAUGGCUUCAUCAAGCACGAGCUGUAAAGCUGCCUGUAAAUGGUCCCAUAAUAUGCGAGAAAGCGCGUGAAAUUGCUGAAAGCUUACAUUUUACUGAUUUUAACGCUUCAAAUGGCUGGAUAGACCGUUUUAAAAAUCGUCACGGCAUUGUGUACCGUCAAAUUAGUGGCGAAUCGGAGACAGUGCCACAAGAUGUUGAUACAUGGAUGACAACGCUUUCCGAAUUGUUGCAAAAUUACGAUCCGCGAAACAUUUUUAACGCAGACGAGUUCGGUUUAUUUUAUAGAUUGAUGCCAGAUCAAUCCUAUGUUUUGACGGGAGAAACUUGUCAUGAUGGCAAAGCAAGUAAAGAAAGACUAACUGUCCUGGCUUGUGCCAAUUCUGAUGGGUCAGAAAAGUUAAGUUUGCUGGUGAUCGGUAAGGAGAAAAAUCCACGUUGCUUCAAAAACGUAAGAUCGAUCCCUGUAACAUAUGAUGGACAAUCCCGAGCUUGGAUGACCGGCCUUCGUUUCAUCCAGUGGUUAAAAUCUCUAGAUGAUCACUUUCAGACUAAAUGUAGACGCAUAAUUCUAUUCGUUGACAGAUGCCCCGCUCACCCUAAAAGUGUUAAACUACAGAAUAUAAAGCUAGUUUAUUUGCCUCCGAAUGCGACAAGCAAACUACAACCGAUGGAUCAGGGCAUCAUAAAGGUCCUUAAACAAGGUUAUAGGACAAGACUAAUACACCGAUAUCUUAAAGAAAUGGAAGACCCUGAUAGCAAACGACCCUUAACUGUGCAUGAUGCGAUUCAAAACAUUGCAGCGGCAUGGGAAUCAAUUAAGCCUGAAACCAUACAAAACUGUUUCAAGAAAGCAGGUUUCAGAAAUAUCGGGUUUGAUGCCGUGAUGCAAGAGGAAGAAGAACCUGUGAUAUUGCAAGGUUUUCCUGGAUAUUCUUCCAUUGAUGAUAAUGUAGCACCGUACGAAAUUAAAUCAAUUGAAGAUCUUAUUGAAGAUGUGAAUGAUACUCAAAAAGAGACCCUUAGUGAUGAUGCAGAAGACGAAGAUGGGUCAACUCCGAUUUUGUCAAACACGCAGGCGUUAUCAGCAGUAAACGAUUUAAGACGCUAUGUAGCUUCUUUGAGUCAAAGUGAAGACGCACUGCAAAUGUUAAAUUACAUUGAAAAUGUCAUCAUUGCUAAUGCAUCAAAAUCUUUUAGUCAAACCAGAAUAUGUGAUCACUUUAAGUAACUUAAUUAGGUAGUAUAAACACUGAAAACACUAUUUUAUAACGUAAUUUAAAAACACAUUAUUAUGUA